UCGAAUAGUCAGCAUUUCAUAUAUAUAUUAAAAUCAUUUACCGCAGCCAUAGCUUUACUGACAGAAAAUUUAUAAAAAAAUAUUUACAUUUGACAAAUUUUUGACAUUGAGAUUUGAGGGACUUCAUGUUAUGUAAAUAAAUACCAGUUGAGUUUUAUGAUUUAUUUUUUGCGAUAAACAAUAACUUAUCUAUAAAAUUGUGAUCUUAUCAUAAAUAUAGUGAUAGUUAUGUGGUAUGUUAAAAUUGAUAAAAUGGGGAUCAACGCUUUAUUUACCGCAGGCAAUCUGCUAGAUGAGUGAUGUAUCUCAACGAACGAAGGAACGGGUACCGCCGAGGCGACAGAGGUCCAUUUGUCAGGUGCACUACAACCUCCGCCCCCGCACUGACGAGAUGACGGCCAAGCCGCUCCUCCCGCCCACAGCGUCUGUCGAAGUACAAAAGUACAGCCAGCAAGUCGCGGGGCACAAGGGCUCCGACACCGAUACUAAGUACUUGGGUUUACUCCAAUGCAGUGACGGAACAGUUCUCAAACCGAUACUCAAAGAGUGUCAGCGUCGCGAGAUAGACUUCUACAAGACCGUGUUCUCUUCUUGCGACGAGGAUCUGGUGGAACUGCGGAAGUACGUGCCAAAGUUCUUCGGAAGCAAGAAGUUCACGUACAAUGGAUUCGAGCAGGAGUAUAUUAUCAUGGAGGACCUCACUGUUGGCAUGCUGGAGCCGUGCAUCAUGGAUGUUAAGAUCGGAAAACGCACUUGGGAUCCAUUCGCAUCCGAAGAGAAGAUCGCUCGCGAGCGCAGCAAGUACGCGGCGUGUAAGGAGCAGUGGGGCUUCUGCAUCCCCGGCUACUGCGUGCGCCGCCUCGACAGCGGCCGCCUGCUGCGCUACGGCAAGGACGCCGGCAAGCGGCUGCGCGGACACAUGGUCACCGCCGCUGUAAAGAACUACCUGAACGGUCUGGGCACGCGUCUGUGCCGCGCGCUGAUCCUGCAGUUCCUGUCGGCGCUGUGGGCGCUGCAGAAGUGGGCGGCGCGGGCGCGCGCCGUGCGCCUGUACUCCGCCUCGCUGCUGCUCGCCUACGACGCCGCCAAGCUCCGGGACUGCUGCGGCGACGUCUCCGCCUCAUCGAGAAUAAAAUGCCGUCCAUCAGAACCCAUAGGGCGGCGCAAAUCCAUCCACUCGAUCAGCCCCGUAGCGGGCUCCAACUUCAGCGGCCAGAUCUCGUCCAAAGGCCCCGUGUACAAGAAGCUCAGCUCCGUACCCCUCAGCCCCAUGACGGCCACCAGAACCUCCUUCUCGCCCCCACCACCCAUCUCCUCCCCGUGGACGGAAGCCCUGGACAAACUCAACCACAACCACUCCUUCGAGAAUAACUACGAAGAUAAAUUGUGCAAGAUCAAGAUGAAUUACCGAGCUCAGUUGGACCAAUUGUCCCAAGAUGCUCCAGCCCCUAAUCCGUGGGGGACGGUCAAGGUGAUCGACUUCGCUCAUGCGUUCUUCAAUGAAGAUGAGAAGACGGUGGAUUAUAAUUUCAAAGAGGGUUUGGAUAACUUUGUGAGUAUAUUCGAGAAUCUAUUGCGGGAGACAGACGAUCAGGUGUUUUGAAUCUUAUGUUUGGAUCAAUUCGCUUGAAACUGGAAAGUAUUAUGUAUUGGUAGUUUGAAUUUUUGAUAGAAUUGUAUUUGUGAAAAUUAAAACCAAUUUCUCCAAUCACUUCCUUAAAACGUGUACCGUAUGAGACCCUACAAUGGUAAUAUUGCAUUAUGUGUAUGUUUAUAAAAAUUCUGUAUAUAAAAUGCAUUCUUUUUUAAGGUCAUAUAAAAUUAAUUAGUAGCUGUAUGCAUUUUGAGGAAAAAAUAUAUUAUCUGUUUAAAACUACAUGCAUAUCUUACGAAAGUUAAGUAUCGAAAAAUGAAAUAUGUCUAAUAUUGUAAAUGUUAAAUAAUAUAAUAUAAUUUUUAAGGUAUAAUAUAGUAAGAUACCAUCAAAUUAUCCGUCAGUAUACCAAUUUACUUAAUAUUAUGUACGUCUAGGAAUUUCAUUGUUAAUAAUAAUUAAUUACUUAGUGUGUAAGCAAAACUUUAUAUUAGACAAAUUAAUUUUAUGGUAUUACGAAAGUUUAAAUGUGUAAAAUUAUUACAUUUUUGUAGUUGUUUUGUAGAUUCUAGCAUAGUUUAUUUUUAUAAUAAAUGUACUUAUGUGUAUAUGGUUAAAUGAAAUACAGAUAUCGCUUUCGCA